UUCAUUGGUUCCUGAAUCCUUGGAGACUGACAUUCCUCCCCCCAUCCAAGGCAUAGACAACAAAAGAAAUUGUACUGAGAGCAAAACACUUGUCCUUAAACUGCAAAGAUGUUUGCUAGAGUGUCUGAUCUCCAUGUUCUGCUGUUAAUGGUUCUGGUGGGAAGGACCGUCUUCGGGUUCUCCCUAAUGCCUUUCCUGGAAGUCCUGGACCCAGAUUGGACUCCUGACCAGUAUGAGUACAGCCAAGAGUAUGACAACCAGGAAGAGACUCCCAGUAGUACGCUUGCCUACCCUGAAAAUCCUGAUUGGUACUACACAGAGGAUGAUCCGUGUCAGUCCAAUCCCUGUGAACAUGGCGGUGACUGCCUUGUCAGAGAGGACACCUUCACCUGCAGCUGCCCAGCCCCUUUCUCUGGGAACCGAUGUCAGAAUGUGCGAAACAGGUGCAAGAGCAACCCAUGUGGCCGGGGUCAAUGUCUUGUUAUCCAGAAUCCUCCCUACUACCGCUGUGCAUGUAAACACCCUUACACGGGUCCCGACUGUUCCAGAGUGGUUCCUGUGUGCAGGCCAAACCCCUGCCAGAACGGGGGCACCUGUUCCCGGCACAAGCGGAGAUCCAAGUUCACAUGUGCCUGUCCUGACCAGUUCAGGGGGAAAUUCUGCGAAAUAGGUUCUGAUGACUGCUAUGUUGGGGAUGGCUACUCUUACCGAGGGAAAGUGAGUAGGACGGUCAACCAGCACUCCUGCCUUUUCUGGAACUCCCACCUCCUCUUGCAGGAGAAUUACAACAUGUUUAUGGAGGAUGCCGAAACCCAUGGGAUUGGGGAACACAACUUCUGCAGAAACCCAGAUGGAGACAAAAGGCCCUGGUGCUUCAUUAAAGUCAACAAUGAAAAGGUGAAGUGGGAGUACUGCGAUGUCUCAGCCUGCUCAGCCCAAGACAUUGUCUACCCAGAGGAAAGCCCUACGGAGCCCUUUACCGAGCUUCUGGGGUUUGACUCCUGCGGGAAGACUGAGCUAGCAGAAAGGACGGUCAAGAGAAUCUACGGAGGCUUUAAGAGCACGGCAGGCAAGCACCCGUGGCAAGCAUCCCUACAGACAUCGCUGCCUCUGACUGUCCCCAUGCCCCAGGGCCACUUCUGUGGGGGGGCACUGAUCCACCCCUGCUGGGUGCUCACUGCUGCCCACUGCACCGAGAUAAAAGCCAAACAUCUUCAAGUGGUGCUGGGGGACCAGGAUCUGAAGAAGACAGAAUUUCACGAGCAGAGUUUUGGGGUAGAGAAGAUAUUCAAGUACAAUCAGUACAAUGAAAGAGACGAGGUCCCUCACAAUGAUAUUGCUUUGCUCAAGUUAAAGCCGGUGGAUGGUCACUGUGCUUUGGAGUCCAAAUACGUGAAGACUGUAUGUUUGCCCAAUGACCCCUUUCCCUCUGGGACUGAGUGCCACAUCUCUGGCUGGGGUGUUACAGAAACAGGGGAAGGGUCUCGUCAGCUCCUGGAUGCCAAAGUCAAGUUGAUUGCCAACACUUUGUGCAACUCUCGCCGACUCUAUGACCAUAUGAUUGAUGACAGUAUGAUUUGUGCAGGAAACCUUCAGAAACCUGGGAAAGACACCUGCCAGGGUGACUCUGGAGGCCCUCUGACCUGUGAGAAGGAUGGCACCUACUAUGUUUAUGGGAUAGUGAGCUGGGGCCUAGAAUGUGGGAAGAAGCCAGGGGUCUACACCCAAGUCACCAAGUUUCUGAACUGGAUCAAAGCCACCAUCCAAAGGGAAGCUGGCUUCUAAGAUGCUGUCUUCUGGAUGUCAGAGCCCAUCCUCCUCAGCGUCCAGAUAAGAGGAGGCCUCAUGGGCAGCAAUGGAGUCCUCCAGAGCCUUUAGGAGUGUCUGUAUUCUAAGCAGAGACGAUCACUGCCCAGCCUGGGCCUUUCUGGACCAGCAUUUGCACCAUCUCAUCAGGCUCCUUCUGACUCCCUGGGUAGCACAAGGAAUGAUGGAUGCCACAUGACAUACAUUGUUUGCUUCCCUCAAACAAUUGUACCUUCUAGAAAAUCGAUGUUCACAGAAACUGCCUCCACCUUGAACAUUCGCAAACGCAGAUUACAGAAUUCCCAGCUCAGUGGGAGUCACCUCACAUCUUUAGUCCUCACCCCAGACCCUUGAGGUACUCAACAGAGCCAGCCACCCACCUCUCGGUAUCAGAGAGGACCGCAAAUACAACAUUCUCCAUUUGC